AUGCAUUACUGUCUUCAAGUUCCCGAAUUGGUUUCCAACAUCUUCCAAUACUGUCGCGCCAACGACGAGGCUGUCUAUCGUAGAUCUCCGCGAUUAAAAUCUCUCCCUGCACUUGCCCAGACAUGCCAAUUUUUUCUGGCUCCUGCCCUUGAUGCGCAUUGGCACACAAUUCCAUCCCUCGAGCCACUAUUGAAUCUACUGCCUCAAGAUGUAGUCGAACUGCGUACAGGACGCUAUAGUUCAAAGCCCCUUCUUUAUGUCAAGCCCUCUAUUCAAAGGCGCGACUUUUCGCGUUGGAUGUACUAUUCUCCGCGGGUCAAGGCUAUCGACACCAGUUAUUAUGCACUACCUUUCUCAAUACUUGAAAUUGACAAUAGUGUUUACGACGUUCUGCUAUCCGUUAGCGACAGCGGCGACCCUCUUCUACCCAACAUCCAGGAUAUUACUACGGGAAUUCGCUUUAUCCACACGAGCCUGACCCUGCUCAACCUUCUCUUUAACCAACAUGUUCGACGUAUAAUGGUAAUCGACAGUUCGGAUGAUGAGGCCGAUUUCGACGAUGAACUACCCUGGGCAGAACUAGCAGCCAUUAUUAAACAUAGAAAUGUUGGAGAAGGUGUCAUCGACGUCACUAUCAACCUUCGCUUCUUUGCUGAAAACACGAGUAUCCAUUCGCCGCGACCACUUACCCAGCAGAUACUCAACUACUCCAGGCUCAGAAAGUUAGACCUCCGGUCGUUCUGGCUUCCCGACGCCGCCAUGGUAGCGUAG